AUGGGUAAUCCUCAAUCGAAAAAUACUGUUUGUUCAGCGAUAAAACCAUCUGCCACUUAUCGUUAUAUUGAUGGUCGCCGAUUUCAAAAUAUCGAAAAUACAAGAUAUUUAAUGCCAGAUGAUGAUGAAGAACUUGAUCGGUUACAACGUCAACAUUUUUUAUUUCGAUAUCUUUGGGAUUCUAAUUUUUCGGCACCGAUUAAUGACAUAUUACGAGACAAAAAAAGUGAAAUUUUAGAUGUUGG